AUGGCGACAAAACCGAGAAAGAUCCAACAUCGGAGGAGUGAGGGUCUUAAGUCAAAACGCCAGCAGCGAACCCGCCGGAAAAACAACCUGUUCCUAAAGUCGUUCGAGUUCUGCAAGGUGUGUGACGCGGACAUCAUAUUGAUGGUUCGGUUAAAACACAAUGGACAGAUCUCGGUUUUCAACUCCGACAGCCAAUGGAACCCCUCGCAAGAGGAACUGUAUAUUACCCAAAACCGCAACGAAUAG